GCGGCGUGAGGCCGGCGACGGCGGGAGCCGCUUGACAGGCGCGGGAGCCGCCGCGGGAGGCGGAACGCGCGGUUCCCGCCCCGCCGCCCGGAAACUGUUGUGCUCAAAGGAAGAAUUAACUGGUCUUUCAACUUCAGCCUUUUUAUUGUGAGAGGGAAGAUCACAGAAGUGUUACCAUGGGGAGAACAACAGCUAAAGAUUCAAAGAAUAUUAAAAAAGAGAAAGAUGGAAAGAAUCAGGAGGCAAACAACCCGUCUUUAAAAAGUGAACAGUUUAAUUGGGAUGAUUAUCUGAAAGAGACUGAAUCAGUAGCUGCCCCUCUACAUUGUUUCAGACAGUCUAGAAUUCCACCUACGAAUGAUUUCAAAAUUGGUAUGAAACUGGAAGCCCGUGAUCCUCGCAAUGUUACCUCAGUUUGUAUAGCUACAGUAAUUGGAAUUACUGGUGCCAGGCUAAGGUUGCGGCUGGAUGGAAGUGACAACAAAAAUGAUUUUUGGAGACUUGUGGAUUCUUCGGAUAUACAGCCCAUUGGGACCUGCGAAAAGAAAGGGGGCAUGCUCCAGCCUCCACUUGGGUUCCAGAUGAAUGCAUCUUCUUGGCCAAUGUUUCUAUUAAGAACUCUCAAUGGAGCUGAAAUGGCACCUGCAGCAUUCUUUAAGAAGGAACCACCAAAACCUGUGCCAAACUGCUUUAAAGUAGGAAUGAAGCUUGAAGCUAUAGACAGAAAGAACCCAUACUUGAUUUGUCCAGCAACCAUUGGAGAUACUAAAGGAGAUGAAGUUUUUGUUACAUUUGAUGGCUGGAGAGGAGCGUUUGACUAUUGGUGCAGAUGUGAUUCUCGAGAUAUUUUCCCAGUCGGAUGGUGUAGCUUGACAGGAGAUGCAUUACAACCACCAGGGAACAAUGUUUCCAUUACAAAGAGCAGUGCAAAAAUCCAAUCUUCCCCUUCCAAAGUGACCCGGCGUUCAAUGCAGUCUCCACAGAAAUCUGCUCCAGUACCAGCGCAACGGAGCAGGAAGCCAGGUCGGGGCAAACCCCCUGGACAGUCUGCAGUUCCCAAGAAGGGCAGGUCUCCUAAAAAUAUUCCCUUGACAAAAACCACCUCUCAUACUGAAAAUCUUAAAUCAAGGAAAAAAAGUUUAAAACCUGGAAAAAAGAAAAAAAUCUUGCUGGAACAACUACCUCCUGCGUCAUCUUCUCCUCAUUCCUCUCCUGAAGAGGACAGUGGAACUACGCAGAUAAUUAAAGAUGGAAUUAGUUUGUCUGGUGCAACUGCAGCAGUUAUAUCCACAGUGUGUGUUUAUGUCAACAAGCAUGGAAAUUCUGGGCCUCAUCUGGAUAAGAAGAAAGUUCAGCAGCUUCCAGAUCACUUUGGACCAGGUCCUGUUAAUGUGGUACUUCAGCUGGCUGUACAGGCCUGUGUGGAUUGUGCCUAUCAAUCCAAAACAGUCUUUCGAUUUCUGAAAUCUGGCCAUCAUGGAGGGGAAAUGAUAACUGCUUCCUUUGAUGGGGAGAAGCACGCCAUCAAUCUUCCUUCUGUAAACAGCGCAUCAUUUGUCCUACGCUUCUUGGAGAAACUCUGCCACAGCCUGCAGUGUGAUAAUCUCUUUAGUAGCCAACCUUUCAGCCCUUAUAUGGGCUGUGCACAUAGUCCUGCUGAGUAUGAUAGGAGCAAACCAGCAAAAGAAGAAAUACCUGAAAACAGGAGUGCUAAACGAUACGCUGAGGACUCUCCACCAUAUACUGCUCCUCUUUCCCCUAAGCUUCCCAGAAAUGAUGCUCAUCCAUCUGAAGCAUUACCUAUAGAGGAAAACAGCACUUCCAAAGAACACCGAUUUUCUGAGGACUCGAUGGAUUCUUCGCUUAAUUCUGUAAAUCCUUCAAGCCCGACCCGUCGAAGUUCCACAGAAUAUUGUGCUUCUGGGAGUGCAGCGUUUUACAGAAAUUCCCUUCAGCCAGUGACUGCUACCUCAAAUUUAGCCCCAGUCCUGCACAGGCUGUCCCUGAGCUCUGCUGGGAGCAGCGGUUACUAUGAAGUCAGUAGGAAUCGUCUACAGAGGCGGAUUGAAGCUGCAAGUUCCACAACUGGAUUGGAUUUGAAUUCACUAAAAAGGGAACCUUCAAGAAUAUUGAAUAGGGAUCCUUCCACCUGGUCAAUAGAGGAAGUAAUGCGUUUUGUGAAAGAAGCUGAUCCACAGGCACUGGCUCCACAUGCGGAACUCUUCAGGAGACAUGAAAUUGAUGGGAAGGCACUACUCUUACUGAGGAGUGAUAUGAUAAUGAAAUAUAUGGGACUGAAGCUGGGGCCUGCCUUAAAGUUGUGCUACCACAUAGAAAGACUUAAGCAAGGAAAGUACUAGGCCAUGGAGAUGCCACGAAUAUGUGUGUUUGUGUCACACUAAGCUCAGGUUCACAGCCAUCGCCUUUAUUUCAAACUGUUUUGCUGAUAGAAAUAAUCUUUAUUUUUUGAAAGUGCUCUCAAAAUGCAAAGAAAAAGAUAUUCAGGAUAAAGAGGAGAAACAAGAAUCUAUUACAUUCUGGUACUUUGUGAACUAUUUCAGGAAGCUUGCACGGAAGGACACUUGAUUGUACUGGGGGUGAACAUGUUACAUAACCGUGCUCUCUGAAUUCUGAAAAGUGUAUUUUCUGUUACUGACUUAAUUAGCGUGUUCGUAUUCAGAACCAAAAUAGCUGAAUCCCAAAGGAAAAUAAUAGAACAAACCAGCAUCGGGUCUUAAUUUUUUCAAGGAUGGAUGGUUGUAAACUUUUAUAUUGCAAGAAAAUUCUCAAAGAGAAGAUCUCAUCUUUGGACUGAAUACUGUGUCUGAUCUUCCAGCAGAGUAAUACUCUAGUAUAUUAUUCUAGAUUAUUCUUCCUAGAUUUCCAUAAAGGGAUCAACCAUGUGAAUUAGUUAUGGAAGAUGGAGGUGUGGAGAGAGAAGGGUAAUGGAGGAGAGGACUUAAUGCAAAUACAAGCUUUCAUAAAGUGUGGUUAUCAAGUCCUUUGGUAAGUUACGAGGACAAAUGUGCCAUAUAUUGUCAGUUUAUGCAGGCAAUAAAUAUUUGUUUCAUGGAAGCACAUAUUGGCUAUAUAAACAGCCAUUUCUGGAGCAGACAGAUUUAACUGGAACAGUGCAUCCAUAUUUGAAACAUUCCAUCUUUUUGCUAAGUUUGGUGUGGAUAUGGAUGUGUGUAUCCAUGCUUUUUAUAUAUGCACCUGUAUGUGUUGGGAAAUACAUACUAUGUAUCUUUUAAAAUAUACAUACAUGCUGUACAUAUGUAUUCAGUUUUUUAAUGUGUGCUUUGCACUGUGCCAGAGAGAACUGUACAAUUUCUUGUUGUUUUUUUUUUACCAGUAAAUUUAGUUCUGUACUAUUUUCAUGUUCAUUAGCACGUGUUUACUUUGUCAAUUUUUUGAGUCAGAAAGUGACAAACAAUCAAAGGGUGAGUUUAUUCUUGCAGGAGAGAUCCCUGUCCUAUGCAAUGCUCUUGGUUAUUCAUCUCUGAGCCAUACAUUCUGGUAUAUUUCUGGGAAGACAUAUUUGAUUCCAAUGUUUUGGGCUUAUAUUUCCUAUAAGGAAGUGCUACUAUGUAACCAAUAAGCCUUUUUUUGGGUAAAAUUGGUGCUGAUUGUAUAAGCUGCAAGAAUGAGUGGUGACAAUGAAGCAGUUUAUUGUCACUGCCAAUUGUAAUAUACAUCAGGGACAAUAUAAUAUACUUUCUGUGUAGAAAACUGAAUGUACUGUAUGUAAUAGUGCAAGCGAUAAAAACUAUUUGCUAGGGAAGGGGUAGUCCUGAAAUGGUAGGUUUUAUAUUUCUUACUGCUUUUUCAUGGGAAAGCAGAUAGUAUAAAAGUAUUUUUUACAAAUUCCUUUGCUGAAAAUGCCUUGCUUUAUCAAUAGUUUGAUAUUCCUCAGGUUUCAGCAGAGAUACUGCUGCAAAAUAUCAAAUUUCGUGGCUUACAAGUGUCCAAGUAUUUUGUUAGUUUAAGUGACUGCAAUGUAAUUUUAAUUUAGCAAGUCAUCUGGACUUUGAGAAUUGUUUUUAUUAUGACAUCAUUAGACAUUUGACACUAAAGGUUAUCUAUAUUGAUUUAUUUUGCAUAUCUUUUGUGGUUCAUGUGUGCUUAGAUGAAUAAUACAAGCAUGCUCUUUAAAGCAGAAAAAGGUCAGAACAUUGAUUGGAAAAACAGAAUAUUUUCUCUUUUGUUAGGAAAUGACUGACUUGAAUGUAACUGUAUGAAGCUUGGUUAUAUAUUGAGGAAAACAUCACGCCCCACAUGCUCAGUAUAUUGUUGCUUCUUCCAUGCUUUAUUAUGCUGAAUUUCAGAGUUCUUUAGCAUGAAGAGAUUUCAUACAAUUUAAGUGGAAGUAAACAAAAACUGUUUUCAUUUUUUACAUUGCCAUUGGCAUAAGAAAAACAAAGAUGUUUAGAUUUUGCUUGGCCUUUAUGAAAUAACAUUUUUGUACAUGGCACUAUUGUGGGUAUUUGUUCAAGAUUUUCUGUACACCCAUGUGCGCAAGGGUUACUGCGAAUUUCACCAUGUGCUAUAGCAUGAGAUUCAGGAGUUCCAAGUGUUGUAGCAGAAUAUAUUUUUAUUCUAUAUUUUCAGUAGGGCAUUCUUAUCUAUCAACAAAAAUAAAAUAGCUUGUUCCUUGUUGUA